AUGACCUCCCCUCGCCCAAGGCCGGCGACGCCGCCAAAGCUGGCACGCCUCCCCAAAAACUACCGCGUGCGCAAGCGACCGCUCCUCCAUGCGCCCCUCGCGCCGCCGCGUGCCGGCGCAGACGUACCCAAGCUUAUAUACCUCUCCAGUCGCAGUUCCUUUGUGGCCACUAUUAAACGCGUCAGAAGUCUUCUCAGUCACGUCGAGUCACGCAGCAGCGCUUCAGAUGCCGCAGCGCUUCUGCAGCGGGAUCCACGCUCGUUUAUGCGGUCUGUCGCGGCGGAGCGUGCCACGCGUAAGACUAACUCGGAUGGAGGCAAGAGGAUGGAAGAGGUGGUGAUAAAGGCAAGCGGCAAAGCAAUUGAGAAGGCACUGCAGAUUGCGGCAUGGUGGCAGUCGCAAGACGAUGUCAAGGUUGAAUUACAAACGGCCAGUGUGGGAGCCAUUGAUGAUAUUGUGAAUGCCGAAGGGGUGGAAGAGGAUAGCCAAGUCCGAAGAGUCAGCGUCUUGGAGAUACAUGUGCGGCUCAUCUGA